AUGGACCGCCCCGGCUACAUCGAAACCCCCGGCCGUCGCGUCUCGCGCAAGAGCUCUGCCUUCGACGGCAGCGAAAAUGAUGCGUCCGACUCCCCUGCCCCCAGCAGGUCGCGGUCUGUCACCCGCCGUCGCACUUCCGCCAAGGUCAAGUCCGAGGAUGAGGAGGACGAGAAGAGCCUCGUGAAGGAAGCCACCAAUGGCAAGGCCAAGACGGCGACGCCUACAAAGUCCAAGGCCAAAGCCGGAUCCAAGUCAAAGUCGCGCAUUGUCGACGGCUGGGAGGAGGGUCUUGACCCCAAGAUCGAUUACAGCGGCCACUACGAGUUCGGCGGUUCCGCGGGUGUCCUGGCUAUGAUGAUUGGUUUCCCGAUGCUCAUGUACUACAUGUGGAUUGGCGCGACUUAUUAUGAUGGCAAGUUCCCUGUUCCCGCGGAGGGGCAGAGUUUUGCUGAGUUCACGGCCCAUAUGGGUCAUCUGGUUUACACUGGCGCGUUCCCCUCGCUGAAGGCGUGGACUAUUUAUUGGGUUUUCUUCAUCUUCGAGGGCGCUUGCUACGUGCUGCUCCCUGGUGUGUCGGUCUCCGGACGUCCCCUGCCGCACUCCGGGAACAAGCAGUUGCCCUACUACUGCUCUGCUGUGUGGUCCUUCUACACUAGCAUUGUCCUGGUGCUGGUUCUGCACUUCACUGGUCUCUUUAAGUUGUACACCAUUAUUGAUGAGUUCGGUCCUCUGCUCAGUGUCGCGAUUCUCUCGGGUUUCCUCGUCUCGUUUGUUGCGUACUUCUCUGCUCUGGCGCGUGGUGCCCAGCACCGUAUGACUGGCUCCCCGAUCUAUGACUUCUUCAUGGGCGCUGAGCUGAACCCCCGUAUGUUCGGUAUCCUGGAUUUCAAGAUGUUCUUCGAGGUCCGUCUGCCCUGGUACAUCUUGCUGUUCCUUUCCAUGGGUGCCGCCGCCCGCCAGUGGGAGAUCUACGGCUAUGUGUCUGGUGAGGUGAUGUUCCUCAUUAUGGCGCACUAUCUCUACGCCAAUGCUUGCUCUAAGGGAGAGGAGUGCAUCGUUUCCACCUGGGACAUGUACUACGAAAAAUGGGGCUUCAUGCUCAUCUUCUGGAACCUGGCCGGCGUCCCCUUGAGCUACUGCCACUGCACUAUCUACCUCGCCAACCACGACCCCUCCGAGUACCACUGGAACCGCUACUUCCUCGCCUUCCUGUACAUCGCCUACCUGUUUGUGUAUUGGGUCUGGGACACAACCAACAGCCAGAAGAACCGCUUCCGCCAGCAAGAGCGCGGUACCAUGGUCGCCCGCAACACCUUCCCCCAACUCCCCUGGCAAACUGUCGAGAACCCCAAGACCCUGUCGACCGCCGACGGCUCCAAGAUCCUUGUCGACGGCUGGUACGGCAAGGCCCGCAAGAUCCACUACACCUGCGACCUGUUCUUCGCCUUGAACUGGGGCCUUAUCACCGGCUUCUCCAGUCCGUUCCCCUGGUUCUACCCGCUCUUCUUUGCGUGCAUGAUCUCCCAUCGUGCACUGCGUGAUAUCCAGCGCUGCCGUGUUAAGUACGGUGAGACCUGGGCUGAGUAUGAGCGUCAGGUUCCUUACCUGUUCAUUCCCUACGUCUUCUAA